CCACCCACUGCUGCAACUUCUUCCACAGUAGAGAGAGAGAGAGAGAGAGAGAGCUUGAGGGAUUAACAAUGGCAGCGGUGGGGGUGGAGGAGAAGAAGCACGAAAAUGGAGGAGGAAUAGUGGUGGUGAAUCCGAAGCCGAAUAAGGGAGUGACAUCGAAGGUGGUAGAUUGGGUAGAGAAGCUGAUAGUGAAGUUCAUGUAUGAUCCAUCUCAGCCUCUUCAUUAUCUCUCCGGUAACUUUGCUCCGGUUCCUAACGAAACUCCUCCUACCAAGGACCUUCCCGUCAUCGGUUACCUUCCCGAUUGCUUAAAUGGAGAAUUUGUCCGUGUGGGUCCUAACCCAAAAUUUUCACCUGUUGCUGGAUAUCACUGGUUUGAUGGAGAUGGCAUGGUUCAUGGUCUGCGCAUUAAAAAUGGGAAAGCAACAUAUGUCUCACGUUAUGUACGAACAUCGCGUAUUAAACAAGAAGAAUAUUUUGGAGGUGCUAAAUUUAUGAAGAUUGGAGACCUUUAGGGGUUUUUCGGUUUACUUAUGGUUAACAUGCAAAUGCUGAGAGCAAAAUUGAAAGUAUUGGAUGUUUCUUAUGGAACUGGAACUGGUAAACUCUUAUUUACGUUUAAAAUUAGUGUAAAAUGCAAAAUAAUUUCUAUCAUAAAUUUGGGUUAGGCAACGCUUUAAAAAAAACGUAGCUUUAUGCUGGAAUAAGCGACGCUUUAGUAUUGCUAAAUAUGAGAUAAAAGGCGAUGCUUUUGGAGUGAAACCAUCGUCUAGAAUUUUUUAACUAAAAAUGAUAUCAAAUGUUUACUAUUCACUUGAACGCAAACAAAACAUUUCAUCUAGUGAUACAAAACAUCUGGUUCUAGUGUUAUAAAUCUUCCUUUGGGGCAGACGAGGUCCGGUUGUCAGUUUUUAUAUUUUAAAAUAAUUUUUCAAAAAUAUAAAAAUAAUAAGAAAAACAAAAAAUGGGUGAAAUCGGAAUUUUUCUUUUUUUUUUAUUUUAUAUUUUUGGUUGUACACGUGUGCAUAUGCAAAGUGCCAAACUUGAAUUUUAUUUUAUUUUAUUAUUUUUUUUUAAUAUCCUUGGUUGUACAUGUGUGUAUAUGCAAAGUGCCAAACUUUGCAACAUCCCAUCAAUUUUUACCUUUUUUUGUUUUUUAACUAUUUUUAUAUUUUUGAAAAAAUAUUUUAAAAUAUAAAAACUGUAUUUCUCUUUUUUAAAUUUUAUAUUUUUGGUUGUACAAGUGUGUAUAUGCAAAGCCAAACUUGAAAUACCCUUUUUUUAAAUUUUUGGUUGAACACGUGUGUAUAUAUACAAAGUGCCAAACUUUGCAACAUCCCAUCAAUUUUCACCUUUUUUUUUAUUUUUAUAUUUUUGAAAAAAUAUUUUAAAAUUUAAAAAUUGACUAGGGACAGAAUGAAAUCAGGACCUCUCACACUCGUGUAUGUACAGAGUGCCAAACUUCGCAACAUCCCAUAUAUUUUCACCUUUUUUUUUUUUAAUUAUUUUUAUAUUUUUGAAAAUAUAUUUUAAAAUUUAAAAAUUGACAAGAGAUAGAAUCGAACUCAGGACCAUGCAAACUCUAAAGGAAGACAAAUACCACUAGACCAAGACAAAUACCCGUAGGCCAAAUGCUUUGUCGAUAUUAAACAGAAUAGGAUGUUUUUACACAACACCUUUGUGAAUAAAAGGCAUUGCCUUUUAUCUAUAUUUAGUGACACAUUUCAAAGCGUCAUCUAUUCCAGUAUUUAGCAAUAAUUUUUUUAAAAAAUAUCAUUUAUAUAUAUAUUUAGCAAUGUUUUUAUAAAAAAAAAAGAGAUGCCUUUUGUUUC